AUGGCGUCGGGCAACCUAACUUUAACUCUCAAGAACAUGACUCAGUGUGUUGAGUUCCCUCCUCACAUACAUUCGGCGGGCAUUUUCAGCUACAAAACAUCUGCCGGGAUACCGUAUACCCUUCCUAAUCUGGAGAUGCAGAUGACAGGCAUAAUCCUCGGCCCUACACUGCUUGGACACUUCAAAUUUUUCGGGGAAUACCUGUUUAAUGUAAACAGUCAAGAAAUACUUGGUGUGCUCGCUGAGUUUGGUUAUGGAUUCUUUAUGUUUGUCAUUGGGGUGAAAAUGGAUUUGGGAAUGAUCAACAGGACAGGGCAAAAGGCAUUGUGCCUCGGUGUGGCAUGCGUUGUGGCGCCUUUGGUAGUCGGUAUGCUUGUUCAAACCAAGCUCACCUCUUCUUUCUUCAACCUGACCGAACAAGAAAUGUUCAGGCUUCCAUUUGUGAAUGUGAUAAAUUGUAUGACUCCGUUUCCAGUUGUUGCUCUUCUCCUUGAGGAGCUGAAGAUCUUGAAUUCGGAGAUCGGGAGAUUAGGCAUGUCUGCAGCACUGGUCAGUGACAUAUUUAGUGGGUUCCUGCAAUUUGUGGGCAAAAUGGUUAAAAUGAUAAAAGAGAGUAGUAGAGAGGAUACUAUAACAAUGGUAGGGGCAAGCAUUGGCUAUAUCAUCGUUGUUGUGGCCUUACUCAGACCGGCAAUGUAUUGGGUGAUCAAGCAGACUCCAGAAAACAGGCCUGUCAAGAAAACCUAUGUCAACAUCAUCAUCAUGCUUAUGCUUACAUCGGGGGUGCUUUCGCAUAUGUAUGGUCAAGGUUUUCAUUUUGGUCCUUUUAUAUUUGGUUUGGCUGUCCCAGCCGGACCACCAUUGGGAUCAGCUAUUGAAGAGAAGCUCAAUUUGUUCGUUUCGGAUGUGCUUCUGCCCAUCUUCGUGACUGCAUGUUCCAUGAGGACAGAUUUUUGGUCACUGAAAUAUUUAAGCACCGACUCUUACACCCAAGUCAAUGGAAUCCUCUUUGUCGUCGUUCUUGUGACCAAAUUCUUUGCCUCCAUUGUUCCUCCAUUGUAUUGCCGCAUGCCCUUCGGUGAUGCAUUGGCAAUUGCUCUCAUUUUGAGUUGCAAAGGCAUCGUCAACCUUUCCGCCUAUACUGACUACAGAGACAAUCUGACCAUCUCAGAUCCAUCUUUUGCUUUGGCAAUCACUAGCGUUUUAGUGACUGCAACUUUUGUACCGAUUGCGGUGAAGUACCUCUAUGAUCCUUCAAGGAAAUAUGCAGGCUACCAGAGAAGGAAUAUGAUGCAUUUGAAACCCAAUGCUGAGCUCAAAAUUCUUUCAUGCAUUCAUAGGUCAGCCAACAUGCCUGCAGUCAUCAAUCUACUUGAUGCAGCAUGUCCAUCUAAAGAGAACCCCAUUGCUGUCUAUGUUCUUCACCUCAUUGAAUUAGUUGGCAGAGCCUCCCCUGUUUUUAUCUCCCAUCAAAUGCAGAGAAAAUCUUCUUCCAAUGUUUCAUACUCAGACAAUGUCAUUCUCUACUUCAAUCACUUUGUUAGAGAAAAUCUAGGGGCUGUAUCUCUAAGCACCUUCACAUCAAUCUCUGCCCCAAAAUACAUGCAUGAAGACAUAUGCACCGUUGCAUUGGACAAGCUUGUGUCCCUAAUCGUGCUCCCAUUUCACCGGAGAUGGUCUGUUGACGGUUCUGUGGAGUCAGAAGACAACAACACCAGGAUCCUAAAUUGUAGUGUCCUAGAUAGAGCCCCAUGCUCUGUUGGAAUCCUUGUUGACCGCGGCCAUUUAGGCCAGUCCUCCAUUGUAGCACCUGGGUCAUCCUUCUCUGUGGCUAUAAUCUUCUUGGGAGGUAAAGAUGAUAGGGAGGCACUAGCAUUUGUGAAAAGAAUGACCAACGACUCGACGAUUAGCCUAACUGUGAUCCGGCUUGUUGCCUCGGCUGAUGAAGUUGAUGGUUCGAAAUGGGAUAAUGUACUUGAUGCAGAGGAAUUAAAGGGUUUUCGAUAUAAUGAUGUGCGGGAGGGGUUUGUGAUAUACUUGGAGGAAGUUGUAGAAGAUGGACCUCAGACGGCUUUAUUUCUUCGGUCUAUUGUGGAUGACUAUGACCUAAUUAUAGUAGGGAGAAGGUUUAAUGUGAAUUCUCCUCAGACAUCAGGGCUUUCAGAAUGGAGUGAAUUUCCAGAGCUAGGGACUAUAGGGGACUUGCUUGCCUCACCAGAUAUCACUUGCAGAGCUUCUAUUCUAGUGGUACAGCAGCAAAAGAUGGUGACACAAUAA